AUGCAGUCCUCAAUUCUCCUGUGUUUCGCUGCUGUCCUGGCGUGUGUGUGCGCUCAAGUCAACCGGCUCCCAACGAAUGAUGAGACCAGGUUCUUCAACUUUGAACGCAACGCUGGCAGGGGAAGGAUCUUUGGAACACUUGGCAGUUCUGAUUCUGGUCUUUUUGGUCGAGGUGGUUACAAGCAGGAUAUAUUCAACGACCACCGUGGUCGUCUGCAAGGUCAGGCGUAUGGCUCUCGAGUGCUCGGCCCAGCUGGAGACAGCAGUAUUCUUGGUGGCAAACUGAACUGGAACAACAACAACGCUAGAGCUACCCUGGAUGUCCACAAGGAAAUUGGGAGAGGCAGUGGCGUAUCUCUUACCGGAGACGGUGUUUGGAAAUUGGACAAGAACACUAGAUUAGUCACUGGUGGAAACUUCCAGAAGCAAUUUGGACAUCACACGCCGGAAUUAGGCGCCCAUGCAGCUAUUGAGCACGACUUUUAA